AUUCUCACUCCGCCCUUCAGAAGAAACAGGAGGUCGAGCAUGAGUUGCUGCCAUGCCGCUGCGGUCUUUUUCAUGUGUAUCAGCUUGCAGUUGUAUGACCAGGUGUCGGCCAAGGACAGUGACCCCUGCUUGCAAUCCCAGUUCAUGUGCAGAAGUGGGAAUUGCGUUCCAGCAAUCUGGCGAUGCGAUGGGGACGAGGAUUGUGACGAUGGCAGCGAUGAACUGCAGUGCCGCUGGCCAGCAUGCAAGCAAGACGAAUUCCAGUGCGGCAAUGGGCUCUGUGUCUCAGCUGAUUUCCGCUGCAAUCGCGAGAAGGACUGUGAAGAUGGAAGUGACGAGGCUGACUGCUUUUUCUGUGAUCUCGGCUUGUUCCCUUGCGAGAAUUCUAAUUCCUGCAUUUCAGUAACCCAGAUCUGUGAUGGCACAGAGGAUUGCUUGAAUGGGACAGAUGAAAUGGGUUGUGACCACCCUUUUGGUGAUUGUAAAAAUUCAGGUUUCACCUGCAAGAACAAUAAGUGCAUUCCCCAGGACUGGAGGUGUGACAACUAUCCUGACUGUGAAGACGGGUCGGACGAGCAUGACUGUGAUAAGAAUGAGUGUUUAGACAACAAUGGUGGCUGCUCUCAUCUCUGUGUGAACCUGCCCAUGGGCUUCAUUUGCGACUGUCCUGAUGGCAUGAACUUGGUUGGAAACACUGACUGUGAGGACAUAAAUGAAUGCCUAAACCCUGACGCUUGCAGCCAGCUUUGUAUUAACCUGAAUGGCACUUACAAGUGUGAGUGCCACCCAGGAUAUAAAAUGACUGAGGAGACAGGAGACUGUAGAGCUGUCGGAACAAAGGCACUAGUUUUGUUCGGCAGUGGAGAAGGAAUUCGUUGGAUUGAUGUAAAUAAACAGGAGUACCGGGAGAUACCUGGGAUCCCUGGAGUCAUUGGUGCAGUGAGUGCUGAUAUCUCUAACCACAUGCUGUAUUACAGCAUGCCUUCGCAAGAAGUCAUCUACCGAACCUCUCUGAAUGGGCCAUCUCAUGCUCCGUUAAGUUUGCUGAUUAAUGUGGGGCACGUACAAGGGAUUGCUGUGGACUGGGUACAUGGCCUACUAUACUGGACUGAUUCCCUCUCUCAUUCAGUGAGUGUGGCCUCAUUGGAUGGAAGCAAACGGAAAGUUUUAAUUGAAAAUCUUUUGGAACCAGCCGGUGUUGCAGUGCAUCCCUAUUCUGGGCUUUUAUUCUGGUCAGAUGCUGGCACGCCAUCGAAGAUUGAAAAGGCUGGAAUGGAUGGCAGCAGUCGUGAGCCUCUUGUGUCAAGUGGAAUGCAAAGACCUGUUGGAAUUUCACUAGAUCCUGCUCAAAGUUUCCUGUACUGGGUCGACUCUCAACUCCAUCAUAUCUGCCGGGUUGGACUGAAUGGGCAGCAUCGCCAAACUAUUUUACAGUUGGAGGAGUACUUGGGAAAUCCAUUCGCUGUAGCUGUCUUUGAGAAUCGAGUGUUCUGGAGUGAUAAAGAAAGUCGCACCAUCUACAGUGCCAUAAAGCUGAAUGGCACUGAUGCUAGAAAGUUAAUAUCUGUUUCAAGCAGCCCAAAUGGCCUGGUUCUGCUUCAUCCAGUCCUGCAGCCAGAAGGUCACAACAUUUGUAAGGACCAUGUAGCCUCACCUGAGCUCCUCUGUGUGCCAGUGCCUACCUCGGACAAAAACCGUCAUGGAUUUGCAUGUCUUGAACCUGAUUCCAGUGUUCCUGACACAUGGAGCAUUCCGGUUUCAAAUUCCACUGUUCCUGGCACACAGGAAAUUCCUGUGUCACCUCCGUGUACGGACCCUAAAAGGAGUCUGGGCUUUGUACUGAUUCUAUCGCUUACUGUUUUUCUCUGUUUGGUCUUUGCUAGCUGUUUAGUUUUUUGGUGGAGAAACAGCUUUACUCCCACCCCAGUCAUUUCACUCCAAGUAGUAACCAGUCGGAAUGAGUCCCAGGAGUUUCUUUAUCCUGCCAAUCCAUCGGAAUCACUAGAACAGCAGGUCACUCUGCUUAAAGGCGAAGAUGUUGGAGAUUGAUGCUGGUAUUGUUGCUGAGGAUUGCCUAAAGGGUUUUUUCCCUGUCUUUUUAAUGACAAAUUUUAGCACUUACCGAAUAAUUGAUUGUACAACAUCUGCAUCUCAGAAUGGGUGACUCGAGCUGGACUAUUGGAUCUAUUCUGGAGUUAAAAACUUUGUGAAAAAGAAAACGACCAAGUAGAGCCUUUUUGGUUGUGCCUCUGUGUGUGUGUGUGUGUGUCUGUGCUUUUUAUUUCAUUUUUUUUUUCUUUCAAACUUGUGAAACUUGCUGAAUUGUUAAAUUCCCCACUGAAGUUAAAAGGUCAUGCAAGACCCAGGAGGCUUACCAGUCAAAAUGUAUGACUUUUGAGUCUGACACCUCAUUUACAUAUUGUUUAUAUAAUAAACAAACAUUUUCUAAUUUCUAAUAUUCAUAAUUAGCAUUAAAUUAUAAGCCUUUCGAAAAGGGGGCAUCCUGAAACCCUCUAGUAUGAAGCACAUGGCUGUCUUUUGUCCACGUGUCUUGUUUCUAGUGGUUCUUAAUUUAUACCUUAGCUAUGCACCCUUUAGAGAAAGACAGAGGCAUUAUGGGAUUCUGUCCUUAUUUAAUUUUAGGGACAAAAUAACCUUCCAUUUUUGCUUUGGGGAAAUUUAUCAUCCUAAGAGAAAAUCUGCAAAAAUUCAAAGCAUAUUAAUGGGAUUGAACCCAGUUAGUGAUACUUUUACAAAUUUGAAACCUCAAAAUAAUGAAUCUGUGUAGUGAAAAAUUUGCAAAGAAAUGUUCAAAAGUUUUUUGUUUUUUUUUUGUUUUUGUUUGCAUCAGCACAUCCCCCAUUAUCUGUUUGUUUGUUGUUUUUUUUUAAUUUACAAAAGCAAAAUACAGAAAAUGCAGUCAUGUUUUAUGGUUAUUUGGAAGCAAAUGGUAAAGAUAAUUCUGGAACAUAAAAAAUGCAUCUUUUAUCCCAAAUGACAUUUAAAUGUUCCAUUUCCUGUUUUAUUGACUGAAAGAAGAUUAAGAAGUCUCUUUAAUAUUUUGAGUCUGUGGAGCUGUGUUUUUUAAAGAUGUGCUUAAAAAACAAAUGUGCACUUCGGUUUAACUGUCACUAGGUGGCAGUGUGAGUGCUUUUGCAGUUGACAAAGUGACUUGAAGGUUUUUUUUUUUUUUUGCUGCCUGUUUGUGAGCACUUAAGAGACUAUUUUUAUUUAUUUGGUACUUUUGUAACAGUCAGGCUUUAAGCCCCUCAAAUCUUGAGAUUGUCUUCACUUGCUUGUACUGAUUAAGCCGAUACUUCAUUUGUACUGUAGAAGAAUAUAAAAUCAUGAAGUUAAAAAUUAAUCAGUUUCAAAAUAGUUAAGAAGUUUCAGUCCGUUAAUAUGUGAACACAGAAAGUGUGAGUUGUAUAGUAAUACACAGAGAUGAACAUACACAUGUGUGUGUUUAUAUCUUUAAAUGUUUUAAAAGAAAAAGGGCUUCAGCAUCUUACAAUAAAUAUGUUACUGUUAAAUGUUUUGAACGAUUCAACAAGAACAAAAGAAUUUGUGUCUAACUACAGACCUCAGUCCUGUAAACAUGUCUGUUAUUUAUAAUUAAUUUAUCUGUCUUGUGGAUGUAACUGUUCCCUUUGUUACAGCAUAAGUGUGUUGGGGUAUUGGGUAUUUAAUUAAAAUUUGGAAAUAUAUAUGUAUUUUUCCAUCUCAGGAGGCGUUACAUAACAUGUGCAAGUGAAAUACAAAAGAGUAAUUAUAUUUUAAUACCAAUUUCAAUACUUGAAAUAAAAUGAAGGUUGAAUCAG